AUGAAACGCCUGAUAUCCCACGUUGAAGAGGGCGGGAUUCUGGAGAGUCACAAAGACGUGCCCGAAGCUGUACGUGACGAAUUAUACAGGGAAGAAGAACAGAAGUUGGUGAGAAACAAACGCAAAGGAGGUCAGGCCGUUGGGACCGGAGCGCCAUAUCCUCCUAUCAACAUCAAUGUCGUGUCCUCGCGGCCUACGGCCCAUGAGAUUGAUCUGUCGGCCCCUAGGGCACCAGGUGAAUUGCAGGUUCUCAGUCCACUCGACAUUCCUGGACCUAGAGACUUAGCCGUCGACGAAUACGGUGAGUGGCAGAUGUCGAAAGUCGACAAUGAAGUCCUCAAGCAUGCAUUUCGAGAAGUGUGUGACGUGAUGCUCGAGAACGGUCUUGAUCUUGAGCAAGUGUACAAAGAUCAAGAUCCCAAGUUCUUCAUUGAGAAAGGAGUCAAAAUAGGUAUCGCUCGGCGUUUCGUAGAGGACAUUGGAAAGUGGGUUAAGAACGUGAAGAAAGCGGUGUCUGUUUGCGAGACUCUUUAG